GUGUGCAGUGUGUGUGUGUGUGCCGCGCUCGCUCUCACACCCCCCCUCCCUCCCGGAUGUCUCCCAACCAUUAGUGCUCAAUCUCUCCUCUCUCUCCUCUCCCUUUCCCCUCUACACCCACUCCAGCACCGGGGCGCCUCUACACCUCCCUCUCCAGCCUCCGCCAGCUCCACCAACCACCACCACCACUCCACCACCACCACCACCGCCAUGGCUACUCCUCCAGACAGUCCGUAUGGAGACUUUAUGAUGACAUUUGAGACAGUGCGACCCGUCAAACACAAACCUGUCAAGCUAGAGGAACUCUGCAAACAAACAAAGUUCACAAGACAGGAAAUUCGACUCAUGUACAGAGGAUUUAAACAGGAGUGUCCGGAAGGGGUGGUGCAAGAGGACGCCUUCAAGGAAAUCUAUGCCAAGUUUUUCCCACACGGAAUCGACUCCAGUUUGUACGCCCAUCAUGUAUUUAAGGCCUUCGACCUAAAUAGCAACGGACAGAUUAGUUUUAGGGACCUUCUAGUGAGCUUGUCGCAGCUCCUACGAGGAACGGCCUACGACAAGCUCAAAUUCGCCUUCAAGCUGUACGACGUGAACGGCGACGGCUGCAUCACCAAGGCCGAGCUCACCGACAUUGUCUCCUCGGUCCAUGAGCUAAUGGGCAGAAGCAGCCACAAUAGACACCGCCUGCAGCGGGACCUGUCCUCCUUCGUCACCGUGUCGCUGAGCCCUUCUGCACUCACUGAGCACACGGCAGCUCACUCCUCGGACGCUGACGACGUGCUAGAAGAGGUGUCCCGAGCAGGGGUCGAGGACAAGCAGACGCGGGAACACGUCGAGCGCCUUUUCAAAAAGCUCGACCUUAAUGGCGACGGUGUUGUCACGAUCGACGAGUUUAUCCAGUCCUGUAUGCAGGACGAAGUGAUCACGGAGUCCCUUAAGGUGUUCGAGGGGCUGUAGUUUCCCCAAGGCGCGUCCGUUCAGACGAUGAAGGGGCAGCCUACAGGAAGAUGCAUUACCUUCGACGACGACACCCAGAUAACCAUCUCCAGCCAGAGCCAAGACACUUUAGAGACGUUGAACACUGCAUGAUCCUGACGACACAGGAUCUUAGUAACGGCCACCUGGCUGAGUGCCGGCCAGUGGAGACUGAGUGACCACGUGACAAUGGUUGGCCCGGACCACGUGGCCACCCCGGCCCACGUGGCCACCCCGGCAUACCAUACAACUGAAAAUGUGUGGGUGUUUUUGUUCAUAUAUAUAGGCAUGUUAUGUGACCUGUGGACGUCCAGUGAACUCGGGUCUACACUCGAUUGCAUAAGUGACGGUGAUAACAGCACUCGAUAUGCAUAAUACAAAAAUGCUCAAAACUGUUUGGAAAACUAGGAAAAUAAUAUAUCGAACAAGAAACAUUAUCAAUAUCAGUAUUACUACGACUGACUCCGAAAAUACUCGUUGCAUCCCUCGUGUCGCAGAUAAACAGCAAUAGUGAAUGAAAUAUUUUUUAGUUACAUUGACUUGUACCUAUAAUGUUGACGUUAAGAAAACUUCCAGUAAGGUGAGUGAGUGGAAGUACCGUGUACCAUACCUCAAAAGGGUGCGAGCGUAAAGGUACCUUUUAUGCUCCCCCCCCCCCCCGCAAGCCCCUCCCUCGCCACAAGGACCUUGGGGGUGACCCAAGUAUUAAACUGCGACUACUAAGCGUUGCCAGUAACUGGAAUAGUGUCCACAAGGCGUUUCUGCAAGCACAAUAUCGUUCCGUUAUGCUCGCUUAGGGGCUACAAAUAUUAAACAAAAAAUAUCAUAAUCUUGAGUAAGCGUAAGAGAUUAGGCUUAUGCUUACCUAAGCCUCAACGUGUAAAAAGAUAUAUACAUAUAUAAAUAUAUCUAAAUGUUUCGCUAUAAAUUCAUUCAAGAUUUUUAUAAGUACUCUAAAAAUAAUGUAGGCAUUUCAUAAUUUUCUUCCUCAUAUUGCAGCAAGACUUAAAUAACAAACUACAUGUAACCAUAUUCAGUGAUAUCAACUCUACGUGUGUCAAUAAGGCUAAAGAGUAUGUACGUAUUGAUUUGUACUUGCUUUUGACAUGAUCACUUGUUAUACAAAUUCAGAGCAAUAUCUGGGGGCUGUAAAUGAAGGGAAGGCCUCAGAGUAGGACGUGUGUUGCAUGUUCUUAUGUCCUUAGUCGGUUUCUCUUUUUCGUGUCCUUUUCCUCGUCUUCUUGCACCUUUCCCUCUUCAUCCUCCUGCACCCCCUCACCACCCCAGCACAAAUAUACUCCAUCAGUGCACCGGGACUGACUACCGUCAUCUGUUGUAUGUUCUUCAACCUAGUAGUUCGUGUGACAGCCGCUCCCAGACCUGCUUCAUUCCGCCAGUUCGUGUGGCUCACAGCCGUUCCCAGCUCUGCAUCAACUGACCAGUUCGUGUGGCUAGGGGGUAGUUCCCGGCCCCGCUUCAUCCCACCAGUUACUGUAGGUAGCGCUCUACAAAAAUCUGAUGGUUAAGCUCAACAAGACGCUGUUUCCCGCAGCAACCAGGAGUCAUUGUCAUGUAAAGCAUCAGUGGCCUGUAGGUAUAACUGUUAUUAAUAUAUUGGUGAUUUCAGUUAAAAAUAGUAGUUCUCUGCAAUUACUAUCUUGGUUGUGUUAUAUUAGUUGCUUUCUGUAAGACAAAAAAUCAUUCCAACCUUUGACCUCCAAUUAUUCAAAAAGUGUAUGCGGAGUUAUGGACAUUUGCUUAUGUUUUGAAUGAACAGCAUGUUAAAAUUUAUGAAUGCGUCUUUUGGGGUUGACCGCUGGAUGGAAUGGACUUGGUCUGAGGACGGGUUGCCGAGUGCGCUGUCCAGUGUGGAAGCGCUUGUCUCUGGCGAUGGGCUGAAUUGGUUUGAAGAAAUCAUAAACACUCAAACGGCAAAGCAUUAACAGGAUUGCCAAAAGGUGAGACAGACUUCAACACUUGUAAAAUACAAUAUUUACGCAAUAAAACAACAGUGUGGAAAGAUGAACCUUGUAGAUCUUUAUUAAAAGAGCCAAAUGACAGUAGUUAUUUAAAGCUGUGAAUAACAGAAACACUUGCUAGGUAAAAUCAGUCUUAACGGAUAUUAAUUAUGGACUUAAAUGCUAGCUGUGCUACUGUCUUCCUCGGGCCGUAAGACUAACUGUUGUCUCCUUACCUGAGGCUAGGCUGUCACUUCCUCAACUAAGGCCAGUCCACCACUUACCCAGUACACUCCAUCAUGUGUUCAAAUAUACCUUUAAACGCCUUUAUUCUUUUUUCGUUUUAGUCGCCUUGCUAAUACUGUAACUUUUUUUCCGACUGCUAAUUGAUCAAUAAUAUUUGAUUCAGGAAAUAAUAAAAUAAAAAAGAAGCAAAAUUUUAGCAUUACUGAAUUAUUUUGUUAAGUAAAGUUGUGAUAAUUUUAAGAAUCGGAUAUGAGGCUCUCCCAGUCUAAGGAAUAGAUCAACAUUUACAGUAAAAUAAGAAUGACAAAUAAUACACUUUUUCGUAAAUGGAUUGAAGUACAGACUUACGCUUAAAUUAAGAAUGGCGGGGAAAGCGCUUGAGUGACAGUUGAAGCGAGAGUCUGACAGUGAUAUCCUUGUAGGAUGAAGCACUUGAGCGAUAGUUAAAGAGGGAAUAGGGUAGUGUUAUCCUCGUAGCAUGAAGCGCUUGAGCGACUGUUGAAGUCUGGCAGCGUUACCCUCGUAGCCUGAAGCCUGAGACUUGUAUGUAGCGCACAGCAACUUAAUUGCAUUUUCAGCUGACUAAUAAUUUUCAGCAAUAUUUGAUGAUAGAUAGGAAUUUAGAAUUCAGGGUAUUUAAACAUUCUCCUAUAUCGAAAUAGCCGCUUGAUAGAGAAAUUCCACCAUUUAACGCUGCUGCAAAUUAUGAAAAAUUGCCAAUCAUUUUUAUUUUAUUUAAUUUUAGGCAAUAAUUAUGUGUAGAAUUACUAUGCUUAUAGUUAAGCAAAUUAGCUGGUAUUAAGAUACUAUAAUAUCACAUCACAAAAAUAAGUCUUAGAGCUUUCAUAGUCGUUAUUUUGAACACAAGGAUGAUAUCUUAAGUUAUUACUUGACUUAAGGCAUACUUCAGGGAAAGUAAUAUUAUUACCGUUUUUUUUAAUAUAGAUAAAUAAAAGGUCUUCAAUGCGACUGGAAGCCCGUAGUGCAAUGGUUAGUGUACUGUGUAUAAUGUUAACUUGUGGUGUGUUGGCAAGCGGCAGCAGGGAGCGUCAGGUGUAAAUAACGCGGAGACCUUCGUCACGUUUGUCUUCCCUUGAGUAAUAACUUCAGCAAGAGGCACUAUACAAUUAUCCUAUUUAAAGACUGUGGUAGUUAAACGACCCACUGUUCACUCUAGUCUUCCUAGAUGUUAGCCAACUAGUAACUGUUUCAGUUGCCCAUAUCUGAAAAAGGUGUUUUAUUAGAGAGAAAAAAAAUGACCCCCAAAUAUUUUGUGGGUUAGAUGGACUUGUAUUUAACGCUGUUUUGGAUCUUGUGUGGUAAUACAUUUCUGUGUGGCUGCCUAGACAGCUGGGCGCUCUGGGGCGAGAGGCAAGCUUGUGGUUCUUGUUCAUACCUUCCCUCUGCCUUUGGAUGUGCUUCCCAAUGUAAUUAGUGGCAGAAUAGCUAAUUACACCAUUGCUUGUAGUAGCAGAAAACGAAAUUAUUGAAUAAAUGUUGGUAGGAUAAUUGGCUUAGGCAUUUGGUUGAAGUAAUUAACACGUUGGUAUAUGUGCUGCUGCCACUUCCAAGGGAAGUCGGUGCAUCCAGCUGCUCAAAAUCAAAUGAUGAACAAAGCAGCAAUACAGCUGAAAAAAAUAAUCAAAAUCGAGGCAGUAAGACUGAUAUGUGGAGUCUUGAAAUGUUUAUUUUAUAGACUCUGCAACUGGCUACUGUCUCACGAAGCAGUCUCAAGGCAAGAGACUGCUAUCCUCUUUCUCGCAUCUUCACUGGUGCUUGGCUUUAGACAUUUUUAUUUCAGUAUUAAGGCAUCUCAUAUUAUAGGUAAAUGAACUGAGGAAUCUACGAUAAUUACCCUUAAGAGAAUUAUAAUGAUAAUGUUUUUUAUUUAUGCCGGCUACCACUUCAACUUUUUACAAAUGUUUAGUCAUAGGCUUGAAUAUCGUUGACAAUGAUAGAGAGCUCCGUUGAGAUAAUUGAUGUGUGUAUUCCCCCUUAUGUUACAAGAUAAACUAGCGGUGCGGAAGUUAGAAGUAAAUAAGGCCAGUACUUGUUUACUUAUGUCUGGAUAGCAAUAACUUCACACAUAUUUGUUUAGCAAGUGUUCCAGUAUUAGGUUAUGUUUGUUAAGGUAAUGACCGAAGAAUAUGGCACUGAUAGAUUUGACAUAUUUAGAUUUACUCAGGUUUUUCUUAUAUGCACGAUUACAAAUUUUUUUAACAUAAAUAAAUUUCGCCUAGUAGGUUCAACAUGUAGUGCUAGAAUAAAUUAUUUUUCAUUUUUAAUCCUAUUCAUGAAUGAAUACAUAACACCUGACUUCUGGGUUUGUGCAAUUAUAGUUUUGUACCUCCAGAUACAUUUUAUUAAGUCUAAUACUUUUCAAAACUGUUUAAACACUAAGUCAUGGAAGGAUGACUUCCUUCCUGAAGGACAUCAGUGCUCACUUCUGUAACCAGGCAGGCAGGCAAAGUUAAGAAUGAAAUCUUCAUAUUACAGAUUGUCAAUAUGUAAAUUAAAAAUUGCUGACUGACAGCUCACUGGGGGCAAGUCUGACUGACAGCUCACCGGUGGGUACGCCUGACUGACAACUCACUGGGGGCAAGUCUGACUGACAGCUCUCCGGUGGGCACGUCUGACUGACAGCUCACCGGUGGGCACGUCUGACUGACAGCUCACCGGGGGCACGUUUGACUGACAGCUCACCGGUGGGUACGCCUGACUGACAGCUCACUGGGGGCAAGUCUGACUGACAGCUCUCCGGUGGGCACGUCUGACUGACAGCUCACCGGUGGGCACGUCUGACUGACAGCUCACCGGUGGGUACGCCUGACUGACAACUCACUGGGGGCAAGUCUGACUGACAGCUCUCCGGUGGGCACGUCUGACUGACAGCUCACCGGGGGCACGCCUGACUGACAGCUCACCGGUGGGCACGUCUGACUGACAGCUCACCGGGGGCACGUUUGACUGACAGCUCACCGGUGGGUACGCCUGACUGACAGCUCACCGGUGGGCAUGUCUGACUGACAGCUCACCGGUGGGUACGCCUGACUGACAGCUCACCGGUGGGUACGCCUGACUGACAGCUCACCGGGGGCACAUCAGACAGACUCCUCGAAGGUCUUUGUAUACAGGUUUUCUCAGCAAUUGCAAUCUUUUUCAAUGUAGAAUACUCCAUUAUUAUAUAAGUAUUUUGUUUGCUUCAUUUCCAUUCUAAUUUGAAUACAUUGUUUCUGGCAAUACAUGACAAUCUCAUUUGUGUAAAUGAUUUUAAGAAGAGGUUAAAUAAUUAAUAAUAAUAAUAAUAAUAUUAAUAAUAAUAAUAAUAAUAAUAAUAAUAAUAGGAAUAUGGUUUUAUAAUCUCGGUGAAAUACCUGUCCACACACAGGUUGUUUAUAAUGAUGGUGGAGUAAGGCUAUGCUUGGCACUCACAAUCACACUUGGUCAGUGCCAAAGAUGAGUGGUGGACAGAUUCGACGGUAUGACAUUCAUUUCAUUCCUGUAUAACAGUUCCGUGUAUGAGGAAUGUAUUUGGGUCAUGUUCUACACUGUGUUAGGCUUCCAUUUUUUCGGAAGAAAUGUAUUCCUUGUUAAUCCUUUAUGCACUGUUUACAAAUGUCCCAUGUUUGCAUAUUUUUACAUUUAAAAAGCCAAUCUUAACUUCAUGUUCAUCUUUGCCAGUUGGUAUACGUGAUUACAGAGUUGAUACUAAAAUGACAAGAAAAAAUAUGAGACAGAAACGUUCACCUUUUGUUGUGUUGUAAAAAUGUUCUUCCGCUAACAAGUUAGAUCAAUAUUUGAGCCGUACAUGAUUACUCUGACAAAUCUUUGGUUUGAUUCAGCACUUGUUAAUGACACUCACAGUCUUCAACAGUCACAGUCUUCAACAGUCACAGUCUUCAACGUUCACGGUCUUCAACAGUCACUAUAGUCUCGUAAAUUAUAUGGAAAUUUUGUAUAACGUUACCAUAGUCUCAUCUUCUAUUCUUUUAUUAUUGUCAUUGCCGACCGAGCUGCGGGGGGCUCUUAACUAUUUACUCUGAACUUCAGUAGUAAUUUACUAGUACUGUCGUUUCUGCAUAACUUCUUCCUAUGUACUUUGAGAUUAUUUGUACAUUACUGAUAAUUCGUAAAAUUAUUUAUAUUUAUUCCUGGUAACUUUAAAGUUUGAUAUUGCCUUAGAUUGACAUCAAUAACUGUCCUUUGUUUGAAUUUUAAUUAGUAUUUCACAUGUAAUGCCCACCACAAACUACAAUAGUGUUCACUGGUGACACUGGAGAUUGUCCAGGAAUUAACAAACCUGCUAUCUUCAUCGUACAACCACAUCACAACUGCAUAAACAUUUAAUGUUUAGUUUCUAUACUGACAUUUACAAAUUAAUUUGAAUACAUAUAUAACAGGUUCCACUUGACCCUCCCUCUUCUCCGCUCACUCAUGCUGGUUCUCUAAGGCAUUCCUAACUUUGUAUUUUAUUUUUAUUAUUUUUUUUUGCAAGGGCACGCGGGGAAGCAGAUUUAACUCUGUAAUAAAGGAGAAAUGGACUCAGGAACUGACGAAUGUUUAUUAACUAGUACAUCUCCUGACAUGCUCAGUAUCGAUACGGAGUGGGGGAUAUUCAGCCAUUACUAGAUAAUUUAUCUCAAGUCAUUUAAAAAUCCUAUUUGACUUUGUUUUAGUGCCUAGAGGCUCAUUAGACAUAAUUAUGAGAACUGCUUCUUCAUUUUUUUUAGAAACCUCAAGUAAAACGAAUUCUUAAGCUAUAAUUUUGUACAUCUUUUGAGGUUGGUUAAAAAGUCACAGCAUUAUUUGUCGAGCUGGCUGACCUCAGCGUCCCCCCCCCCCACCCUCCGAGUUGAAGCAUGACAUCAUGGGCAAUAUUGCAUUUGUUUACCUUGUCCUCCACUCUACCUCUCUGACUUGUACAUAGAUCUCAUCAUGGCCUUCAUUUGUUCCCAACACUCUUAGUGUCUCACGAAGCCUCACUUCGUCUCAGAAUUUUGUACCGGUGUUAACUAAGCUAAUCCAAACUCUCCAUCACCUCCUAAUACAAUUUUUGUAACCGAUUAUGUAUCUUCGAUAACCUCUCAGUAUGUGUCAUUUUCAGAAUAGCUUGAUACGAGUGUCUUUCUUGCAUCAUCUCUAGAGUGUGAUAACAGUUAUUGAUUUUCUUAGUAACUGUUAGUUUAACUGGAGUGUCCCAUGAACCGUCACUGUCCAAUUGUUAAUUUUAGUUUGAUUUGUCAUCCAAAUGUAUCCACUUUUUUAUCGCGCGCUUUGGGCAUGUGUACAUAUAUAUGUGGUCAGUUGUAAAUAUUUGUUACAUGACAAUUUAUUCUACUCCGUUGAAAAAACAACAAAAAAACAUUAUCAUCAAUUGUUCCAAAUAAAGCUCAUUAUACAUA